AGGGUCAUCCUUUUCUGUUAUUAAUAUUAUUUUUACACCUCAAACUACCAAAGUACAUGACAUGUGGCUGCUAAACAAGAUCGGUAAUAUCCAGAGCGACGUCAUUCCCACCAGACUCAAUCCCGAGCAGACGGAUAUACCAAAACACCCAGUGUUCUACCCGCCCACGCCCAAAAAUACGCGUUUUACAACUGCCAUCGGCGAACAGCCCGCCGGGACGGAACAGAGGAAAUCAAUAAAACUGCUCUUUCGCCUGAAAACUAUUUUUUUGCCCAAGGGUUCAUUGGCGCAGAUCACACAACGGCGGCCACACAGCAGCGGCACACAACAGGAGGCAGCCCGUUGCGAAAGUAAGCUGCGCGUCCUGCGCAGGUCGCGACUCAUUGCCCGAUCGCCAGUGCGCGAGGAAUCGAUAUCGCCAGACCUCCACGUGCUUGCUGAAAUCGAAUGUGUUCCCAGGCCUAGUCAAUGUUCUGGCGAGUACUACGGGUCUCCACACACGCUGUAUUCUUCGACAACAUUUUACCCCCGUCCAGAGCACCAUCUGCUCAAAAAAUCACAUUUCACAAAGUCAGUGUGCUCGCCCAGAGAUGCUGCAGCUUUCCGGAGAAGCUUACCUGCCGACCAGGACUUUUACUGCAGCGAGAACAGCAACGGAAACAAAUCUGAGCUGUCAUGCAACGAAUCAAUGACAGAGCCAUUGUCAAUCGGUCUGACAGGCUCAUUUGGAUGUACUCCGCGCUCAACCAGUCUGCACUUGCCGACCAGAAGAGCAUCUCUAAUGUACCCAUUACAAGAAAAUAAUUCCGCGUGCGCAAAAUACUCAGUGUUUGGGUCUAGGGCCUUCCGUGGCUCUGGCUGCACUACCAUAUUAAAUGUGGAGACGCAUACUGCCAAUCUGUGUGACGGCAUCAUCUCCAGCUCCAGCGACAUUUCGACAGGCUCUGUCAACAUAGGGAUAUCGCCUCGGCCCUCUCAGCAAACCUGCGAUGCUGUCGAGAGUUUAUUGGAUGAGCGUGUCUUGUCUACUAAAACAAUGCAGCCUUUUAUUCAAUCACCAGCAGGCGCAAAGCCAUACAUAAAAGCGCCGAGGUCACUAUCGCCAGCUGCGCACCGCCCGUAUUCAGAGAUAUUUUUGAACAAUAAUAGCAUUGUCGACAAAGGCUUUGCUCGCCGCCAUGUGCACGACAUGGGGCUAGUUCCGGGAUACUUGAAUGGUAACCAGACAAUGUGCAUCCACAGCGCGUGCGCCGAUUCGAGCCUUGUCCAGUCGUCGUUCGACCUAGCCAAAUUGCUCCCAAAUGCGCCUCUGUGAGCAGCACGGAAGCAAAAUGCGCUUAGCAGUCUAUUAGUUUAAUUGUUAUUUACUUACGUGCAAAGUCGUCUCUUGGUUUUUAUAAAAAAA